AUGAGAGUUUUAUUAUUUUUAUGUUUAUUAUUAGUCAGCUUUGCCACUGCCAAACAACAAUUCUCUGAAUUACAAUACAGAAAUGCCUUCACCAAUUGGAUGAUCCAAAACCAAAGACAUUAUGCUUCAGAAGAAUUUGCCACCCGUUACAAUAUCUUCAAAGCUAACAUGGAUUACGUUCAAGAAUGGAACUCUAAAGGUAGUGAAACCAUCCUUGGUUUAAAUGCUUUUGCUGAUAUCACCAACCAAGAAUACAGAGCCAACUAUUUAGGUACUCCAUUUGAUGCCUCAAGCAUCGUUGGUACUGAAACCGAAAAAAUCUUUGCCGCUCCAGCUGCUACCGUUGAUUGGAGAACUAAAGGUGCUGUCACCCCAAUUAAAAAUCAACAACAAUGUGGUGGUUGUUGGUCAUUCUCAACUACUGGUUCAACUGAAGGUGCCCACCAAAUUUCAACUGGUAACCUCGUUUCAUUAUCUGAACAAAAUUUAAUCGAUUGUUCAGGUUCAUACGGUAAUGACGGUUGCAAUGGUGGUUUAAUGACCUUAGCUUUCGAAUACAUCAUCAACAACAAAGGUAUUGAUACUGAAAGUUCAUACCCAUACACUGCUGAAACUGGUACUGUUUGUAAAUUCAAAACCGCAAAUAUUGGUGCCACUUUAUCAUCAUACAACAAUGUUACCUCAGGUUCAGAAUCAUCAUUAGAAUCAGCUGCCAACGUUAACCCAGUUUCAGUUGCCAUCGAUGCUUCACACAACUCUUUCCAAUUAUAUUCAUCAGGUAUCUAUUAUGAACCAGCCUGUUCAACCACUCAAUUAGAUCACGGUGUUUUAGUUGUUGGUUACGGUAGCGGUUCAUCAGGUUCAGGUUCAUCACAAAACGGUUCAUCACAAUCAGAAUCAUCACAAUCUGAAUCAUCACAAUCUGGUUCAUCCCAAUCAGGUUCACAAUCUGGUUCACAAUCAGGUUCACAAUCAUCUGGUUCACAAUCUGGUUCACAAUCAGGUUCACAAUCAGGUUCACAAUCUGGUUCAGGUUCAUCAUAUUCUGGUUCACAAUCAGGUUCACAAUCAGGUUCAUAUUCUGGUUCACAAUCUGGUUCACAAUCUGGUUCACAAUCAGGUUUACUUCAAUCAGGUUCAGGUAACUACUGGAUCGUUAAAAACUCAUGGGGUACCGGUUGGGGUAUGGAAGGUUACAUUUUAAUGUCAAAAGAUCGUAACAAUAACUGUGGUAUUGCUUCAAUGGCCUCAUACCCAAAAGUUUAA